AUGUCAGAUCAACCAAUCUUUGAUGAAUUUGGUAAUCUUAUAGAAGAUGUAGAGGAUAUAGAGAAUAUAGAUGAACAGCAAGACUAUGAUGAUGAUGAGGAGGAGAGAGUAGCACGUGACGAACAACAGAAUGGACAUACUACUGCUGCUGAUGGAGAUGGUGAUGAACCAAUGGUACAAGAGGAGGAAGAAGAUAGUCAUGUAGAAUUCAAGACAAGACAACCUGGAAAUGCGAUCGUGUUGCACGAGGAUAAACAAUACUAUCCCGAUGCAUCAGAGGUGUAUGGACAAGACGUCGAAGUGAUGGUGCAAGACGAAGAUACACAACCGAUUAGCAAACCGGUGAUCGACCCUGGAUCGAAACGGUCGUUCUUGGUGGCAGACAAGGAGCUGCCCGACACAUCGUUUAGCAAAGAGUUUUUGGUUGAUAUGAUGGCACAUCCACAGUUGAUGCGUAACAAAGUAUUAUUAGAAUUGGGAAUUAGAUUAUCAAGAGAAACAUUAAAUUUGGAUGUUAAACCAUUAUUAAGAAUAGUAUUGUCAUCAUUUUUUGGAAAGGCUACAGGGUUUGUUGAUAUGGUGGUCGACUUGCCAUCACCGUUGGACAAUGCAGAGCAAAAGGCGUCGUUUGUAUACACUGGUCCGUUGAAUGGGACUUAUGGAGAGGCGUUGAAAAAGUGUGAUCCCAACGGCCCGUUGGUUGUAUAUGUGACAAAGCUGCUGACCAACGACGCAGGAACGGGAUUCGACUGUUUGGGUCGUGUCCUCUCUGGCACUGUGCGUCGUUCGAGCGAGGUGCGUGUGUUGGGAGAGAGAUACUCGAUCGACACCAACGAGGAAGACCUCGUUCUAGAAGAACUCACCAAGGUGAGCAUUGGCGAAGCAAGAUAUAAAAUAGAUGUCGAUAGUAUCCCUGCAGGCAUGUGGUGUCUAUUGGAAGGAAUUGAUAGUUCAAUCAUUAAAACUGCAACAAUUGUAAAUGAACGUGAUCCAAAAAUGACAAAUUAUACAAAUGGAAAUAGUAAUGUUGCCCAAGAUGUUGGACGGUCUGCGCAAGAUCAACAAGUCGUAUCCGCAGGUGGUUACGCGUGCCGAAGAGUCGGGCGAACACAUCAUAUUGGGCACGGGCGAGCUCUACCUCGACUGCGUGCUGCACGACCUGCGUGUCAUGUACGCCGACAUUGA